AUGAAGUUUGGAGACCACUUGCGCCAAUACUCCCAGCCAGAAUGGUCCUUCAACUAUAUCACAUAUGACGAACUCAAAUCCGUCCUCAAGCUCCGUACCUCAUCAGGUCUCUGGAACGAGACGGACGAGGGCUACUUUGUCGAGAUGCUCGAGCGUGAGCUGGAGAAGAUCCACAGCUUUCAGACCGUCAAGAUUGGCGAGAUCCACCGAAAGCUCAAAUACUACAACGCCCAGGCCCAGGACUUCAAGAAGAACGGCGCCGAGGAAGAGACUUGGGCUGCACUCGAAAUGGAGAUCUACCGAGUCAUUGCCGAGAUCGAUGUCCUCGCCAAGUACACCCGCCUCAACUAUACCGGUUUCCUCAAGAUUGUUAAGAAGCACGACAAACAAACAGGAUGGAUGUUGAAGACCAUCUUCCAUGUCCGUCUGAACAGCAAGCCCUUCCACAAGGAAAGCUACGACGCCAUCAUUGUCCGCCUCUCGUCGAUCUACCACACUGUCACCCUCCGCGGACAGAAGCACACAGGAGACGAGAAGUUUGCCAACUGGGGGUCGAGCGCCUUUGUCCGUGACACCACCAAGUACUGGAUCCACCCCGACAACAUCACUGAGGUCAAGCUCGUCAUCAUGAAGCACCUCCCCGUCCUUCUCUUCAACACCAAGAAGGAGUUUGAGGAGAACGACGCGGCCAUCUCCUCCGUCUAUGUCGAUAACGAGGAGUUUGAGUGCUACCAGGGACGUCUUGAGAAGUCGGAUAUGGCCCAGGCUAUUCGUAUUCGCUGGUAUGGACCAGAGCCUACCGAUAACGGACAGUGCUUCUUGGAGCGCAAGGUCCAUCGUGAAAAAUGGACUGGCGAGCAGAGUGUCAAGGAACGUUUCCCCAUCAAGACAAAGUACAUCAACCCAUAUCUCGAGGGCGCCUACACCAUGGAUGUCAAAUUCGCUAAGCUCUUGACGCGCGGCCAAAAGUCGGUCAAGGAUGUCGAGCUCAUGCAAAAGCUCGCUAACGAUGUUCAGACCAGCAUUGUCGGUAAGAAGAUGCGCCCCGCCAUCCGCGCCUUCUACCGCCGUACUGCUUUCCAGCUGCAGAACGAUGCCCGUGUCCGUAUCUCGCUGGAUACCGAGUUGGCCCUGAUUCGUGAGGAUGACUAUGGACGUAUCCGUGCUGGCAAGAACUGGAAGCGUGAGGAUAUCGGUAUCGACUGGCCCUUCCGUCAGCUCCCCGCCGAGGAUGUCACCCGUUUCCCCUACGCCGUCUUGGAGGUCAAGCUCCAGACCCACCACGGACAGGAGCCUCCAGCGUGGAUUGUCGAACUCAUCAACUCGCACUUGGUCGAGUCCUGCCCCCGUUUCUCCAAGUACAUUCACGGUGUCGCCACCUUGCUUGAAGACAAGAUUCAGAUCCUCCCCUUCUGGCUGCCAACCAUGGACCAGGAUAUUCGCAAGGCCCCCAACACCGACUUUGGUCUGACCGGUUUCUUGCCUCGCCAAUGGCCCGUCGGCACCCCCACAGCUGGUCUCCCCCCCCCAGUUCCCCAACGGCCACUUCUUAUCGGUGCCCCCGGAAUGGCUCUUGUCGAGGGCAGUGGACCCAAGACUCUCUCCGAGUUCGAACCCAAGAAGCCCAAGCUGAUGGACAAGGCAACAUACCAAGCCAAGAUGCUCGAGAAGAACGCCGCCAACAACAAUCGCCGGUCACCACCCAACAACACCUCCAACCCCUACAGCCAAUCCAGCGGAGCCUCCUCAAACGUCUCCCAUCCCUUGGUCGACCAAGGCCCCGUUACCCCCAACAGGGGGCCCAUCGUCGGACAGCCCGUGCGCCCAUGGCUCGAUAACCGCGACUCUAGGUCCUCAUUGGCUCCUUCGGAAUACACAGCCUUGGCACCAGGACUGACAGAGAAGACGCCCCCCAUCAACAGCAACGCCGGUGUCUUGCGCAAGAAGUCGACCAUCCGUCGCAAGCGGCCAGCACCUUCAGCGGUCGGUGGAGCUGGUGGACCCGAGAGAGCUGGCUCUGUCAAGCGUGGUGCUGGAACUGUCCGCAUGGAGCCCAAGGUCUUCUUCGCCAACGAGCGUACCUUCCUCAACUGGCUCCAAUUCACCGUCCUCCUCGGAACUAUCGCCUUGACACUCCUCAACUUUGGUGACAAAAUGUCCCGCAUCUCGGGAGCAGUCCUGACAGUGAUCACCCUCCUGGCCAUGGUCUACGCCCUCGGAAUCUUCCACAUCCGUCUCUCCAACAUCCUCUCCCUCAAAGCCAACCGCCAAUUUCACGACCGUAUCGGACCCACCGUCCUCUGUGUCUUCCUCUUUGGUGGAUACUUCCUCAACUUUUACACAAAGUUCAUCUCCUCAUCGUCGACCACUACUAACGGUACUGCAGCAUAA